UCAUACAUAACCUCUCUGGUGCUUUUCCAUCUUCUCGUGUCUUUUUCCCCGGAAAAUUUUCUCCCUCCUCUGUUGAUUUUCCCGGAAACUUUCCUUGUUCUUCUAUCUACUAGGAAAAAAGAAAGAUGAAACCCAUUUGUUUCCUUCUCUGUUUCUGUUUCCUUCCUGUAAAAGUCUCCUCCUUUUGACAUAAUCUUUCUUGGUUUAAAUUAUUAAAUACUCUCUUUGAACAUUUCUUUUCCCUGAUUCUGUUUUUGUUUUUUCCGAGAAAAUUAAUGAAACCGCGGCUAUAUUAUCAGGAGAUCCUAUCGAAUCCAUGUUUCUGAAUCAGUUCAUGCACUUCUUGAAAUCUAUUCACACUUUCAGAAGGAAAACCCUAGUUUAACAAAACCCUAGAUCCUCUGCUUUCCAAACCCUUCCUUGUGAUCCAAGCAAACUCUCCUCUGAUUUCUCAACAUGCCUGGUUCAUGUUUCAACCCGUUUCGACGGUCUCUAAGAUCCAAGUUCCCUCCAGAGCCUUCCUUCCCGGCCUUAUCCGCUAACCCGUCUUCCUCAAAAACCAAUCGGUAUGCAGAAAGUGAGACGAUGGAGAAGAAGAGAUUCGACAGUAUGGAGUCUUGGUCGAUGAUUCUUGAGUCCGAGAACGUGGAGACAUGGGAAGCUUCUAAAGGUGAAAGAGAGGAAUGGACCGCUGAUCUUUCUCAGCUUUUUAUCGGAAACAAGUUUGCUUCCGGAGCGCACAGCAGAAUCUAUAGAGGGAUCUACAAACAAAGAGCCGUUGCUGUGAAGAUGGUGAGGAUCCCUACACACAAGGAAGAGACAAAGGCUAAGCUCGAACAGCAGUUUAAGUCCGAGGUUGCUCUGCUUUCUCGUCUCUUUCACCCUAACAUCGUCCAGUUUAUCGCGGCGUGCAAGAAACCUCCCGUAUACUGCAUAAUAACUGAGUAUAUGUCCCAAGGAAAUCUCCGAAUGUAUCUAAACAAGAAAGAGCCUUACUCGCUAUCUAUCGAAACUGUACUAAGGCUGGCUCUAGACAUCUCAAGGGGAAUGGAGUAUCUUCACUCACAGGGUGUUAUCCACAGAGACCUAAAGUCCAACAAUUUGCUUUUGAACGAUGAAAUGAGGGUUAAAGUUGCAGAUUUUGGGACUUCUUGUCUUGAGACGCAAUGCAGAGAGGCCAAGGGUAAUAUGGGAACUUAUCGAUGGAUGGCUCCGGAGAUGAUCAAGGAGAAGCCUUACACUAGAAAAGUUGAUGUUUAUAGCUUUGGGAUCGUUCUAUGGGAACUCACCACUGCCUUGCUUCCGUUCCAAGGCAUGACUCCAGUGCAAGCCGCAUUCGCAGUCGCUGAAAAGAACGAAAGACCGCCUUUGCCGGCAAGCUGUCAACCAGCAUUAGCUCACCUGAUCAAGAGGUGUUGGUCGGAAAACCCUUCCAAGCGGCCGGACUUCUCAAACAUUGUGGCGGUGCUAGAGAAGUAUGACGAGUGUGUCAAAGAAGGCUUGCCUUUGACGUCACACGCAAGCCUCACGAAGACCAAAAACGCCAUUCUUGAUCGUCUUAAAGGCUGCGUCUCAGCCAUCAGCUCAAAAUCGUCUUCCUCUGUUCCUGUAAAUGCUUAGUAAUUCAAAGUUGUUUAAGUAACAUAAUACUCUCUUCUUCUUUUUUUUGUAGAGGUUACUAUUCUUCUUCUUCUUCUUUUUCUAUUAUUGGUGAAAGUGUUCCUUUCAGUUUGUGCAAUGCAAAGCUCUUAUGUCAGUUAUGUGAAGUUUGUUGUGAAUAAUAGCGAGG